CGACCCACAGCCGAGCGGUCAGUCGACGCGCCGCACUCCAGCGGGUAACGUGUCUACGUAUAUAAGUAUCAUAUCUGAACACACAAAGAAAGCAGAAUGAUUUAUUCAAGUGUAACGUGUUUGCUGCUCUGCGCGUUCGCUGUCACAGCCGAUUCCUCGGAACCGCUCAGCGACGACUUUAUCAAUCUAAUCAACUCAAAACAGGACACAUGGAAAGCCGGUCGAAACUUUCCAGUGGAUACGCCGGUCAAACAUAUACAGAAACUAAUGGGUACGUUGAAAGAUGAUCGCUUCACCACCCUCGUUACUUUACAGCACGAAGUUGAUUUAAUAGCGAGUUUGCCCGAGAACUUCGAUCCGAGAGACAAGUGGCCCAAUUGUCCGACAUUAAACGAAGUAAGAGAUCAAGGGUCGUGCGGAAGUUGCUGGGCGUUUGGCGCAGUCGAAGCAAUGACUGAUCGCGUUUGCACAUACUCGAACGGUACAAAACAUUUCCAUUUCUCUGCCGAGGAUCUGCUCAGUUGCUGUCCUAUUUGCGGGCUCGGUUGUAAUGGGGGCAUGCCGACGCUCGCCUGGGAAUACUGGAAGCAUUUCGGUUUGGUUUCCGGCGGCAGUUACAACUCCACCCAGGGCUGCAGACCAUACGAGAUUCCUCCGUGCGAGCACCACGUGCCAGGUAACAGAUUGCCGUGCAGCGGAGACACUAAGACUCCUAAAUGUAUUAAGAAAUGCGAGGACAAUUACAAUGUGGCAUACAAACAGGAUAAGCACUAUGGUAAGCACAUCUACUCGGUGAGAGGUGGUGAGGAUCACAUCAAAGCGGAACUGUACAAGAACGGGCCUGUGGAAGGCGCUUUUACGGUGUACGCGGACCUGCUGUCGUACAAGAGCGGUGUUUACAAACACGUCGCCGGCGAUGCCCUCGGCGGACACGCGAUUAAGAUAAUGGGUUGGGGCGUUGAAAACGGCAACAAGUACUGGCUUAUCGCGAAUUCUUGGAACAGCGAUUGGGGUGACAAUGGAUUCUUCAAAAUACUCCGAGGUGAAGACCAUUGUGGAAUCGAAAGCUCCAUUGUUGCCGGCGAACCUUUGCUUGAUUAAUUGACUCACGUUUCAUGCGUAAACAACAUGUUAGUCAUUGACAACCUAUAAAUAUGUUUUGUUACAGACUAAUUGUAAUUUAAUAAACAACUUUACUUUAAAAA